AUGAGACGGCCCCGGAUCCCUCCGCUGUCGUUGGCGCUGCUCCUGAGCCUGUGGCUAAUGGCCGCAGGUGGAGUGCCCAUGGAACGACCCCAGUUCUCUCUGCAUCAUGGAUCGCCGUUGAAUCCCCUCGGAAACACCGUGCUCGGUCACUUUUCAGUUCAUGACAAAUCGGUGAACAUCUCUCACGUGGUCGUGGAUAGACAUAGUGGCCGAGUGUACGUCGGAGCUGUCAACUGGGUCUAUCAACUGAACGCCAGUUUAUUCGUCGAGGCGUCGGUGAUGACGGGCCCGGUGAACGACAGUCGCUACUGCUCUCCAUCAGAGUCUGAAUGUCAGGCGACCGAUACUCGACUGCUGAAUAAUUUCAACAAAUUGCUUCUCAUCGAUCAGAACGCCCAGAAACUAAUCCAAUGCGGUAGCGUCCGUCAGGGAUCGUGUCGACGGCACGAACUGAACGACAUCACCAAAGAGGAGCCCGUCGUCGAGGUACCGCUGGCGGCAAACGACGAAAACUCUUCUACCAUCGCUUUCAUCGGUCCCGCAAGGUACGACAUAGACCGAGAGAGCCAAGAUGUUUUGUACGUGGCCGCGACGAACACCCGGAGCGGUCCCUACCGGGACAUGGUUCCUGCCAUUUGUUCAAGGAAUCUCCAAGAUAACGAUAACGGUCUGUUCACUGUUAUCGAGCAUUCUUUCUCCGAGACUGCGCGGGUGGACAUCUCGGUGAACUUGCGGGACGCCUUCCUGGUGCACUAUGUGUACGGAUUCUACCAUCACGACUUCGCGUACUUUGCCCUGAUCCAACGGAAAAGUUAUCUGCUCGCCAAUCAGGAGUGGGGAUACGAGUCUCGACUGGCCCGUGUUUGCGUCUCCGAUCCGGCCUACAAUACAUACGUUGAAGUCAGCCUGGAAUGCGUCGAUCCAGACGGUACCCACUACAACCUAUUGCGUGAUGCCACCGUGGUUGACGCGGGAAAGGCGUUGCUCAACGAGUUCCGACUCAACCCUCGGGAUUCAAAGAUCUUCGUCGGAGCCUUCGUGCAAUCGGACGGCCAUCAUCUCAAGGAAUCGCGGAAAUCGGCCAUUUGUCUCUUUCCUCUGGUGGAAAUCGAGCGUCGCUUCCAACAAAACAUACACAUGUGCUACAACGGCUCGACGCUCACCCGUAAUAUGCAUUACAUCGCCGGAAGCGUCAACGAGUGCCCCGAGCUCGGAGGUUCGGGUAACGUGGUGAACUUCUGCCGCGAGACAGUCAAGCUGAAUGGCUCGCUCCCGAUUAGAACCAAACCCUUCGCGCACGUGAGAGGAGAAACCAUCACGAGUCUUGGAGCUACCCUCGUAGAGGGUCAUAACGUUCUAUUCGUCGGAACGGCGUCAGGGGUGUUUCAGAAAAUCCUCGUGGAGGGUCGUCAUCAGGCACACGUGUUCGAUUCAACACUACUAGAUCGGGGCGUGAGGAUCGUCCCACAGAUUUACGUUCAAGACAGCGUUCCAGACAACUACGUCAUCGUCGCCUCCCUGAACAAGGUCUUCAAGGUCGUACUGUCGGACUGCGUCAAGCAUUCCAAGUGUAACGAAUGCAUUUCGGCGAAGAAUCCUUACUGCGGAUGGUGUGCUCUCGAGAACAGAUGCGGAUCUCGACGGGAAUGCGGAGUCACCACGGGGGCUUCCAGGUGGUUGACUUUCGGAGAAGAUCAAUGCCUCCAUUUCGAUGCGAUAGUGCCACCUCAGAUCGCCAUCACGCAGCAUGCCAAGUUGGAUCUGAUCAUUCAACAGCUGCCGCACCUGCCUUAUGGAACACAGUAUCUCUGCGUUUUCGACGGAAGGGUGAAAGUACCUGCGAGUGUCAACACGAAAGGUCUCGAAUGUACUGCUCCGAGCCCGGACGAUCGGCCGACGAUUCCCUCCGGAAAAGAUCACGUAACGAUGACGGUGUCGGUUCGCACAACGCAGAGUGAAACGAAUCUCAUCGAGAAAGACCUUACGCUCUUCCAAUGUCUCGUCCACCGAACGUGCAAGAGCUGCGUCAUGUCUCAGUGGUCAUGCAGUUGGUGUAUCGCGGAGAACACCUGCUCGUCGAACACAAGUCAUUGUUCUCAGAGGAAAAUUAUUGGAGAGUCGAGUGACGAAGUGUCUUUGAUCAAAGGGCGUCAGCACUGCCCUUCAUUCAACCUCGAUGAAAGGCUUCUGAUUCCUCACGGAACUCGCAAAGAAAUCGCCAUUCAAGUCAAGAACCUCCUAGCGCCAGUUCCGGAGGGUUUCCAAUGUAUCAUCGAGAUCGAAGGUAGACGGCAAUUGGUCAUGGCUCGGAAGCGGGAUGACGUCAUCAUCUGCUCUGAAUCCAGCUACAACUACGAUGCGGAAGAGCCGGAAAUAGAGGGUCUACUGACCGUCCUGUGGAACGGGGACAUAUUCAUCGACAAAACUAAUCUGACCGUCUACAAAUGUGGCCUGCUCGGCUCGCACGGGAAUCGUCAAGAUUGCUCGUUGUGUCUGACUCGAGAUAAUCGAUAUCAAUGUUCGUGGUGCGGCGGCCAAUGCAUGUACGGACCUGCAUGCAUGGAGCCUGUCACAACUUCAUGCCCGCCACCUAGAAUCGACUGGAUUCAUCCACUCUCGGGUCCAGUCGAGGGCGGUACCCUGGUCACUAUCGAAGGUUCGAAUCUGGGAACCUCUCAGGACGAGAUCGCCGACAAAAUCAGAAUCGGAGGAGUGCCCUGCCUGCCAAAAGACUACAGUGUGAGCGUCAGAGUCGUCUGUCAAACCCAGGCCAGCAAUGCAGGGCCCCAGGGCGCCUUCGUAGUCAUAGGAAACCGCGCAGGACUAACGAAAGCUCAGGAAAAAUUCUACUACAAGGAGGUGCAACUGACGGGCGUCUACCCCCGUGUCGGACCCCAAUCCGGAGGAACCAGGAUCUAUCUGAAUGGGACCAACUUGAACGUGGGGAGCAGCGUUAGGGUUAUGCUGGAUGACAUUCCUUGUCUGGUGGAAAGAUCUCUGGCAUCAUCGAGUCAACUGAGCUGUCGCACCUCGAGGGCACCCCUCUAUAAUUACAAAGUUGAAAGAUUACUCUUGACGAUUGACAACGCCAACCACACGUUGGCGAACCCUUUCGUUUUCGUUCAAGACCCGAACAUCAUCGAUAUACACCCGCUGAAAAGUUACCUCAGUGGCGGUAGAGAAAUUCUCGUUCGUGGAGAGUAUCUAGACUCCGUGCAGCAACCGAAGAUGGCCGUUUUCGAUGAGCAGGAGAAAUUAAUCAACGAGACGACAUGCAACGUUGUCAACUCGACUUUGAUGCUGUGUCCAUCUCCGUUUCUUUUGGGCUCGAAUCCGAGCCACCAAAGCGACCAACCCGGCUUCGACUCGCCUUAUGAAGAACAUCUCAAGCUCGGAUUUAUUAUGGAUCAAGUAGACCAGUUGCGUCAGAUGGAUGUUUUCUUCCCGACGGUGCCUUCGAUUAUAACCUACAUACGAGAUCCAGUGCUAUUCACUUUCGGAGAACCGGAUUCUGUCAAGCUUUACAAGGGAGACACACUCGUUAUUGAAGGAGAGAAUUUGAUGUCAGCCAGCGAUCAGAAUGAAAUCACUGUCUUCAUUGGCGUUCGACAGUGCAACGUAACUUCCUUGUCGCAAACACAAAUCGUUUGCAUGCCCUCGAUCGACGCCCCUGCUCCGACCGAUCAUCAAGGGAGGCGGACGCACCUCCCCAAAGUGGUGGUACAAAUCGGAUCGAACCUCAUCUACACCAUCGGAUUCCUACGUUACGAAAUGGCCAAGCUAUACAACCUGCCUCCGGAAAUCAUGGGUGUUAUUGCGACAGGCGGUGCUAUCCUGAUCCUGAUAAGUGUUCUCGUGCUCGCGUUGCUCCGCCACAAGAAUUCCCAGGCGGAGCGCGAGUACAAGCGAAUUCAGUUGCAGAUGGCGACUCUGGAGAACUCCGUGCGCUCCGAGUGUAAACAAGCUUUCGCAGAGCUCCAAACAGACCUCACUGAUCUUGAUAAAGACAUACAACUCAGCGGGAUACCGAUCCUGCACAAUACUCGUUAUCUGGAGAAAAUAUUCUUCCCCGGGGUGCCGAAUACCAACGUUUUCCAGCUCAUCAAACCGAUGAACAACGGAGCAUCGAACAAUUACGAAGUGGCUAUGGCGAACUUUGAGAUUCUCGUCAACAACAAGGCAUUUCUGCUAACAUUCGUGGAAACCUUAGAACGUCAGAAUACAUUCUCUAUUCGGGAUAAGGUUAAUGUUGCUUCCCUCGUGAUGGUGAUUCUCAUCGAUAAAAUGGACUACGCCACAGAGGUGCUGAAAGAACUCCUAGUGAAACUGAUUGACAAAUACGCCCAAACAAAACAUCCACAGCUGAUGCUCCGGAGAACGGAGUCAGUUGUGGAGAAAAUGCUCUCAAACUGGUUAUCGGUAUGCAUGUACCAACACAUCGUAGAAACUUCAGCCCGACCGAUGUUCCUUCUGUUGAAAGCUCUGAAGCAGCAAAUUGAGAAGGGUCCUGUCGAUGCGGUGACCCACGACGCGCGAUACUCUUUGUCCGAGGAACGACUGCUCCGCGAGCAGAUUAAUUAUAACAUCGUCAUCCUACACGUGCUCCAUGAGGAGAUGGACGCUGACGAUAAGGUUAUCGUGCGCGCCAACGACUGCGACACGAUUUCCCAAGUGAAGCAGAAGAUCCUCGACGUCCUUUUCAAAAGCGUGCCUUUCUCCGAGAGACCCAACAUUUAUUCUGUUGACAUUGAGUGGCGUCACGGUCGUGGUCCUGCUCCGCUCCUCUUAGCCGACGUCGAUGGAAGCUCGGUGUGUCAGGAUGGCCUCAAGCGGUUUAACACUCUGGCCCACUACGGCAUCACAGACACGGCGGUCGUGUCGAUCAUGCGGAGAAACUCCAACUACGAGACCUUGAGCCGGAUCAAUAAUCUCCACGCAGAUCCGAGCUCUUGUUGGCAUCUAGUGCGCCCUAACGAUAAUCCCCUCAGGCACAAGAACAUCGCCGAAAUUUAUCUCACCAGACUGCUGUCUACGAAAGGCACAAUUCAGAACUUCGUCGACGACUUCUUCGCUUCGAUCCUAGCCGCCUCUGAAGGAUUGCCCCUGGCAGUGAAGUGGCUGUUCGAUCUAUUCGAUACGUACGCUUAUAAGCAUGGUCUGGAAAAUUCCGAGGAGGUAGCACAAGCGUGGAAAAGCAACUCGCUGCCGUUGCGGUUCUGGGUGAACCUUUUGAAGAACCCCGAUUUCGUCUUCGAUAUCGAUAAGAGCCCCGUUUUGGACGCGUCUCUGUCUGUGAUAGCACAAUCGUUCAUGGAUGCUUGCGCGCAGUCGGACCACCGACUCGGAAAGAACUCCCCGUCAUCGAAGUUGCUGUUCGCCAAAGACAUUCCUCAGUAUCGCAAACUGAUAGACAAUUUCUAUCGCGACAUCGCCAGCCUCCCGCCUGUAGGCGAUCAUCAGCUCGCGCACUACAUGAGACAACUCUCUGGGCAAUACGCCUCCCAGGUCGACACCACGAAUGCGCUGAAAGAGCUGUACAUAUACGCGGCAAAGUACAAUACCCAAUUGUUGACAGCUCUAGAAGAUCGAGAGGGCGGCACUCUCGGCGACUCAUCGGCCCACAGUUUGGUGAAUCGACUCAGAAUGAUCGAGGCGAAAUACAGGGCUGGAACCCUGAAGCGAUAUUGUUGA